UAAUACUGAUUUUAAGAUACAGAGAUUUGUGAAAAGCGGAGUCGUCAGAUCUCAGCCUUUAGGAUAAGCUCAUAUUCUGUAUCCUCUUUAAAAGUGACUUAUAAGCCUUUUGAUUGGUUGAGCCAUUUUUAAAGGCACUUGUAUCGAUGAAAGAAGAUGCAGAAUAUGAGCCAAUAGAGUUAAAUUCAUCAAGUUAUUUAAAUUUUUCAAGCGACGUCAACCACAUGUUUCCUUUCAGGAAAAUCUCCCCGGACGUGCUGCCGUCCUGUUCGCCCGGCGUUUUCCGCCAGAAGUCCUUCCGCUCGUCGACGCCGCCGCCGCCGCCGCCGCCGAAGGUGCCAGCGACAUCGGCAACAUCGACGUCACUAUCCACCCGGAACAGCCGAGGCGCACCUGCGUCUGCGACGAACGAUCGUUGCACUCCUCGCAACGCGGCCACCCCCGCCGCUGCCGUCACCGCUGCUACUACUACCACCACCUCCACUUCCGCCCUCAACCCCGCCGUCGCUCCACCACGUGACGGUAGCUCGCGGACCGGCAAUACCGCUCCGUUGUCACUGUCGCGGGGCGCCCGAGUAGCCAGUAAGCACGCGCGCCUCGGCCCGGCACUGGCCAGCAAAAUGGCGUCCGCGAGCACCUCCACGGUCGUGCAGGGCUGGCCGAAUACCAAGGACGACUACGAGCUGAAGGAGGUUAUCGGGGUUGGCGCAACCGCCGUGGUGCACGCAGCGUUUUGCAUUCCGCGACAGGAGAAAUGCGCGAUCAAACGAAUAAAUCUAGAAAAAUGGAACACGAACAUGGACGAGCUACUGAAAGAAAUACAGGCGAUGUCUUCUUGCAAUCACGAAAACGUCGUGACGUAUUACACGUCGUUCGUGGUGAAGGAGGAACUCUGGCUAGUCCUGAGACUGCUCGAGGGUGGAUCCCUGCUCGAUAUCAUCAAGCAUAAAACUAGGACCACCAAUUGCAAGCAUGGAGUAUUCGAUGAGGCCACCAUAGCUACGGUACUUCGAGAAGUACUCAAAGGGCUUGAAUAUUUCCAUAGCAAUGGACAAAUUCACAGGGACAUAAAAGCGGGUAAUAUCCUACUAGGCGAGGAUGGCACAGUGCAGAUCGCCGAUUUCGGUGUCAGCGCGUGGCUCGCGACCGGACGCGAUCUGAGCCGGCAGAAGGUCCGGCACACCUUUGUCGGUACGCCGUGUUGGAUGGCGCCCGAGGUCAUGGAGCAGGUGAGAGAGGACCAUGGCUACGAUUUUAAGGCUGAUAUAUGGUCACUUGGCAUCACGGCGAUCGAGAUGGCCAGCGGCACGGCGCCGUAUCACAAAUAUCCCCCUAUGAAGGUCUUGAUGUUGACGCUGCAGAAUGAUCCGCCAACUCUGGACACUGCUGCGGACGACAAAGACCAAUAUAAAGCAUACGGGAAAACAUUCCGGAAAAUGAUCGUCGAUUGUUUACAGAAAGAUCCUACCAAGAGACCAACGGCUACUGAGUUGUUGAAACAUCCCUUUUUCAAGAAAGCCAAAGAUAAGAAAUAUUUACAACAGACGUUAGUGGCGAUUGGACCCAGUUUAGAAACACGUGUACAAAAGGCAUCAAAAAGACAACCUGGCACGUCGGGUCGUUUGCAUCGAACUGUAACCGGAGAAUGGGUUUGGUCAGAAGAAGAGAAUAAUGGUGAUUCAAGCAGCGAUGAAGGUAAAGAGACGUUACCAGUUAAUACAAUCGAGAAAGCUAGCAGCGACGAAGAAGCCGGUGAAUCUGACGAAUACUACGGUCAAAUCAAGAUAUCACCGAGUCAAAUGGCGAUACCAUCUACUGGGCUAAAUGUUCCUAUAAACUUGGUGCUUAGAUUACGGAAUGAAAGACGGGAGCUUAACGACAUUAGGUUUGAAUUUACCGUCGGGGUGGAUUCUGCACAAGGAAUCGCCGCGGAAUUAGUCGCUGCGGGCUUGGUCGAUGGUAAAGAUGUUGUGGUGAUAGAGACGAAUCUGAAAAAAUUGAUAGAGAGUGGAGGACAACUACGGACAGUAACAUUUUCCUUGAAUUCUGGUUAUGCAGUGAACGAAAUACCAGAUGAUAAGGCAUUAAUAGGAUUUGCUCAGAUCUCCAUCACAGAUUAAACCAUCUUGAUCGCAUUCUGAACUCUCAGGAUAAUGUUCUUAAAUGAUAUAUUCAAGAUGCAGAUUGUAUCAAAAGCUAACGCGCGCGAUGCGAAUCAGCUAGAUGCUAUUUUUUAAGAUAGAUUAGACGGUGAAAA